AAUAAGUACCAGAGUGAGUGAGUGAGAGAGAGAGAAAGACAAGAAGCGUUUCGUCCUCUUUGUUUUCUUCUACUGCUUCCAUUAAUCAUACUGAGAAAACUUUUUAUUAUAAAGAACUCAGAAAGCGUUUCGUCAGUUUUCUUCUCUUUUAACUCAAAAGUCUUUAUUCAUCUCUUUACUUCUGUUUCUCUCGAGGCUUGCUUUCACCUAAUUAGAACAAAAUUCGAGUUUUCUCAUUUUCAGUAGAGUCUCUGUGAUAUUUCGAUAAACACAUAAUCAGUUUCGUUCUUUGGUGUUUUCUGAUUUUUUUUUCAAAAGAGAAGAAUCUUGGAAUUGGGAUAUACUUAAGGUAUCCAAAGGAAAGAAAGUAAAUCUUGAGAAUAAUAAAGCUACCUUAUUUGUAACAAUGAGAGAAGACCAGAACCAUAAAUAUUAAAUUUCCAAACUUUUGUGUGGACUCGAUAGAGAUAAUGAUUUGACAUCAGAAAUAGAUUGAGACAAGAAGAAGAAGAAUAGAGAUAAUGUGGUGGUGGUGUUCUUCAGCAAAAGGCCGUUCUAAUCUGGAGAGGUUUCUCUUAGGAUUCACUCCUAAACCUCUUUCUUUCUCUAUUCCUCUGCAACAGGGGAAAGGGAAAGAGGAGAUUGAGUAUUUCAGUCUUAGUGAUCUUUGGGACUGUUAUGAUGAGCUAAGUGCCUAUGGCUUUGGAUCACAUGUUGAUUUGAACAACGGUGAAACAGUUAAGCAGUAUUAUGUCCCGCAUCUAUCAGCUAUCCAAAUCUACACUAACAAACCAGCUAUCAUGUCCAGGAACCACAAUGAGGUGGUUGAAUCUGAGAGUAGUGAGUGUUGGAGCGAUAGUGAGAGUGAGAAGUUGUUUUCAAGAUCCACGAGCAAUGAUUCGAGCAGAACAUGGGAUGUUGUCUCUGAUGAUUCUGUUUAUGAUCCGGAUGGUACGCUAUUUCCGCGAGAUAAACUUGGCUACCUUGACUUUAAGUACAUUGAAAGAGAUCCUCCUUACAUACGGGUUCCCAUAACCGACAAGAUAAACGAAUUAGCUGAGAAAUAUCCUGGACUGAUGACCUUAAGGAGUGUUGAUAUGUCUCCUGCAAGUUGGAUGGCUGUUGCGUGGUAUCCCAUAUAUCACAUCCCAACUUGCAAGAACGAGAAAGAUUUAAAGACAGGCUUCCUAACUUAUCAUACUUUGUCUUCAUCUUUUCAAGAUAAUGUGGUGGUGGGAGGUCAAGAAGAGACAGAGUGUUGUGAAGAAUUUAUCAUGAACAAGAGAAUCCCACUGCCUCCAUUUGGUUUAGCUACUUACAAAAUGCAAGGAGAUCUUUGGGCAAAGACAGGGUUUGAUCAGGACCGGUUGGUUUAUCUUCAGAGUGCUGCGGAUUCAUGGCUGAAACAGCUGAAUGCUGAUCACCAUGACUUUAACUUCUUCCUGAACUCCAACUUUUAAGAACCUUAAACUGUUCUUUGUUGUUUCAAGCUCCCUGUUUUGUUGUUGUCUGGCUUGUUGUGUUGUUUAAAGUAGCAAUCGCCACUGCUUAUUCGCUACUUCUGUUGUAAGCCAUGGGAGUUACUAAGAAGAAAACAAUUUGUUUUUUCUUUUUCUUAGGUGUUGAGGCGAUAAGAAAACAAAAUUAAUGUUUUUGUACUUGAGUAGACAAUGUAAAUGAAGCUCGUUACUCUUCUCUUUAUCUUAUUUCUGUUUGCUA